CAAUUUUAUUGGUGUUUAUUACUGUAUAAUAACAAAAUAGUUGUAAUAUACAUCUAUUAACAAUCUUAUUGGUGUUUAUUACUGUAUAAUAACAAAAUAGUUGUAAUAUACCUCUAUUAAUCUUAUUGGUGUGUUAAUUAAUGUACUUUAACAAACUAGUCGUAAUAUACAGUAACUAUCAAUAAGCUUAUUGGUGUGUUUAGUAGUGGGACAGUUGAAAGUUAAGUAGGUGAAAAUGCGGUAGUUUAUAAAUUAAUUGAGUCAUGGACCGGUACCGGUCCCUGGACCGGUGGUUGGGGACCACUUCUUUACACGACCAAAAAUAACCUAAUAUGCAUUUAAAGUUAAAGUACCACUGAUAGUCACACACACACACACACACACACACACACUAGGUGUGGUGAAAUUACCCUCUGCAUUUGACCCACCCCCCUGGGAGGUGAGGGGAGCAGUGAGCAGCAGCGGUGGCCACGCUCGGAUUAUUUAUUACAUAAUAUAAAUAAAGUGAUGUAUUGAGGCGUUUAUAGGAAUAAAUAAACUAGUUUAUGUCUGAAGUCAAUAAAAAUGUCGUACUACAAAAUCAAAAUGAUUGCAGUUUACUAGUUUGCUAUUUAAUUUGCUAAUCUAAUGUGGAAUAACAAUUGGUGGUAUAAUAGUUAUUUAAUGUAUUUUACUCAAACUAGCAUCGCCACAUGUACAUACUGUAAACAAAGGCCUUUUUCAAAAAAUUAAAUAAAAAAAAGAAAUACGCCUUUUUAAACAAAAAAUUACAAAAUAAAAAAUUAUUUGCCAUCUCACAAACACCACAUGUUCCAAUUUAACUCAAAAUGACCUCACCGCACGUGAACGCAUCUCACAAACACUGCAUGUUCCAAUUUAACUCAAAAUGACCUCACUGUACGUGAACGCAUCACGUUCUGAAUGGGCACUUGUUGCGCAAGCUAGGUCACCACUGAGUGUUGUAGCACAUUAACCAAUGUAUAUUGAUACUUUCAAAUAAUUCAAAAGCGUAAAUCGCGUCUUUUAAGUUGAAAUAAAACAAUUCAUAAACUUGUGAAAGUGCUAGCUGGGGGUCGAUGGGGGACAGUGAAACCGGAAGUGUUCCCGGGCCGUCAGCCAAUCACCUUCGACCUUGCUGUCUCCGCCCACCGCGCGUGGCACCACUCGACAGUAUGGCGGCCAUCCCGCACCCAGCACUCUAGGGCCACAGUACAGUUUAUUUCAGCCUUCCUCAACUCAACAAAACAUGUUCCUGAGAAGUUCCGUGCGGAGGCUUCCUGUCGGUGUUUUCCGCCGGGGUUACCACACCGAAAGAGGCGUUUACGGCUUCCGGCCCAAGAAGACCGAGAAGGAGGACAAGUUGCUCAGCGACCGAAUCACCACUUUAAAUCAAGAUCAUGGCCUGGCCCGGCUGGUGGAGGCGUACCGGGCACAUGGACACAAAGCGGCCAAAAUUAACCCCUUACUGCCCCAAAAGCCGGUUGUUGACAGUGUGCCGGAGAUCAGCAUGCUCACCAGCAGCCUCAGGGGACAGGUCAACACAUCAGGACUGCGGCAUUUCGGUAAAACGGAAGCUUCCGUGGAGGAGGUGCGGGUCUACCUGGAGGAGGCCUACUGUGGCUGCCUGUCGGUGGAGACCAGCCAGCUGAGCAGCAUGGAGGAGAAGGAAUGGCUGGCGGACCACUUUGAGGAGCUGAAGAAGACCACUUUCUCCACAGAGGAGAGGAGGAAUCUGGCGAAGAUCAUGCUGGAGUCCCAGGAAUUUGACCACUUUCUGGGCACCAAAUUUUCUACGGUGAAACGUUAUGGAGGUGAAGGCGCGGAGAGCAUGAUGGGCUUCUUCUACGAGCUCUUCCACAGUUCGGCUCACAGCGGGAUUACCGACGUCGUCAUCGGCAUGCCGCACAGAGGCCGACUCAACCUCCUAACGGGCCUGCUCAAGUUCCCCCCAGAGCUGAUGUUCCGUAAAAUGCGCGGCCUGAGCGAGUUCCCCGACACGUCGCCGGCCAUCGGCGAUGUCCUCUCCCACCUCACGGCCUCCGUGGAGCUGGACUUUGGCGCCGGACACCCUCUUCACGUGACCAUGCUGCCCAACCCGUCGCACCUGGAGGCCAUCAACCCGGUGGCGCAGGGCAAGGCGCGGGCCAGGCAGCAGCUUAGGAAAGAGGGCGACUACUCUCCCGACGAGGACGCCCAGCCUGGGGACCAGGUGGUCUGUCUGCAGGUCCAUGGCGACGGCUCUUUCCCCGGGCAGGGGAUCGUUCCGGAGACUCUGACCCUGUCCAACCUUCCUCACUAUCGAGUGGGAGGGAGCAUCCACCUCAUUGUGAACAACCAAGUGGGGUACACCACUCCGUCAGAGAGAGGGAGAUCCUCUCUGUACUGCAGCGAUGUUGGCAAGAUGGUGAACUGCGCAGUGAUCCACGUCAACGGAGACGACGCCGAGGAUGUCCUCCGGGCCAGUCGGCUGGCUGUGGCGUACCAGCGGCACUUCAGGAAAGACGUCAUCCUGGACCUGAUCUGCUACCGCCAGUGGGGCCACAAUGAACUGGACGAGCCUUUUUUCACCAACCCGGCCAUGUACAAGAUCAUCCGGGCCCGUAAAAGUGUCCCCGACUCCUACUCGGAGCAGCUCAUCUCCGAGGGCUCGAUGACAGAAGCAGAGCGCGACCAGAUCAAAUCCAAGUGCUUCGGCUCGCUCAACGACAAGCUGGCCAACAUGACCUUCUACAGCCCGCCCGCCACCAACCUGCAGGGCCGCUGGGGGGACCUGGUGGAGCCGCAAGCCCGGGUCACCAGCUGGGACACGGGUGUACCCGUCCCGCUGCUGCAGUACGUCGGAGCCAAGUCUGUGGACAUCCCUGAGCACAUCAAGCUGCACGGGCAUCUAGACAAGACCCACGCACAGGCUCGACUGCAAAAGCUGGAAGAGGGGUCCAAACUAGACUGGUCCACAGCAGAGGCCUUGGCUUUUGGCUCUCUCCUUUGCCAAGGUUUUAACAUCCGUAUAAGUGGGCAGGACGUGGGUCGGGGCACGUUCAGCCAGCGGCACGCCAUGGUGGUCUGCCAAGACACCAACGACAUGUUCAUUCCUCUAAACCACAUCAGUCCUCAACAGCCGGGUCUCCUCGAGGUGUGUAACAGCCCGCUGUCUGAGGAGGCGGUGCUCGGGUUCGAGUACGGCAUGAGCAUCGCCCAGCCCAUGCUGCUGCCCAUAUGGGAGGCUCAGUUCGGAGAUUUCUUCAAUGGCGCUCAGAUCAUCUUUGACACGUUCAUCUCUGGAGGCGAGGCCAAGUGGCUGCUCCAAUGUGGGAUGGUGAUCCUGCUGCCUCACGGCUACGACGGCGCCGGACCGGAACAUUCCUCCUGCCGCAUGGAGCGCUUCCUGCAGAUGUGCGACAGCAAGGAGGAGGGCGUGGACGGCGACAAUGUCAACAUGGCUGUGGUCAACCCCACCACCUCCGCCCAGUACUUCCACCUGCUCAGGCGGCAGAUGAUCCGCAACUUCCGCAAGCCUCUCAUCGUCAUCGGACCCAAGAUGCUGCUGAGGUUUUCGGGGGCGGCGUCCAGCUUGAGCGAGAUGGCACCAGGACAGUCCUUCAAACCCGUUUUGGGAGACACCUCCGUCCCAGCCGGAAGUGUCCAGAAGGUGGUGCUGUGCUCAGGGAAACACUACUAUGCCUUGCUGAAGCGGAGGGACGCUGCAGCCAAACAUGACACAGCGCUUGUUCGCUUGGAGGAGCUCUGUCCUUUCCCUCUGGACGCUCUGCAGGCAGAACUCCGGAAGUACCCCAACGCUAAAGAGUUCAUCUGGAGCCAGGAGGAGCCUCAGAACAUGGGCCCCUGGUCUUUUGUCAACCCCAGGUUUGAGAAGCAACUGGCCUGCAAGCUGCGGUUAGUGAGCCGACCCGCUCUGCCCGCUCCCGCCGUGGGCAUCGGCGCCAUCCAUCAGCAGCAGCAAGAGGCCCUACUCGACGCCACCUUCUCUUAGGACUAAACCGGCUGCAAAACACGGAGAUGCAACUUUAUUUUGAAAAACAUCAACUUUAGCUUGAUUAAAUAGUUUGUAUUGUGAACAAACGCUCCAUUAAAGUCAGCGAUGUCAUCUGAAGUAUCGCUCAGGUGAACCCCGAUAGUUAUAGUCAUUGAAGAAUAUGCAAACUUAACUGGAAGUGGGAAUUUGAUGCAAAGCGUCAUUUGAAGAAGUUUCUGACCUUUUAGACAAUUGUUACCACUGAGCUAAUUGAAUGUUAGAUCGUGUUAUGUCAUAUUUAAUGUGCCCUCAUCAGGCACAAAGGUAGGUACUCCAUUAUUUUCAUUGCAGAAAAAUUCAUGGUGCUAAAGGGCGAAUGCAAAUGAACCCAAUCAAGAUAUUUAAAGAGAAAUAAAUCUAUUUUCAUGCUUC